AUGCGGAUACGGUAUGUUGAUGCUAGGCAUCCAGGAUCUACUCACGCUGCUUUUAUUUGGAACAAUAGUGAUUUGAAACAAAUGGUUGCUGAUGAUUUUGGUCCGAACACUUGGCUUCUAGGUUAUAUUUCGUUAAUAAUUAUGAAACCUUUUCAUUUCACUCUAAAAUACCUAUGUGAUUCUGGAUUUCCAUUAGAACCACAUCUUUUGACCCCUUUUCGUUCAGCGGAACCUCAAUCACCUGAAGCAAAAUACAAUACAAUCCAUUCUAAAGCCCGAAAUGUGAUAGAGCGGACAAAUGGCGUCCUUAAGUCUAUAUUUAGAUGUCUUUCUGCUGAAAGGGGCCUGCACUAUAAACCUGACAAAGCUGGGUCUAUAAUAAAUGCAUGUUGCGCGUUGUAUAAUAUUGGUUUACACUAUAAAGCAGACUGGGAGGAAGAUCUGACAAUCUCGCAGGAAGUUGCAAGUCCAAAUGUAACUGAGAAUGAUAACACCGUAGCCUCUGAUAUAAGAUAUAAUGUAAUGCAAUGUUUAAAUGAAUAA